CAUUGCCCCCAAAAAAGCGAGAAAAAGCUGACAAAACCCGUUCUCUCAGUAGGGGACACCUUGUUUGUUGCGGCAGCCCUCAUCCAGCCUGACAGACAACGGAGUUGUCCUCGGGAAAGAAGACGGGUCGGAUUUUCAGUACCAACUAGAAAGUCCAGUUCGACCGACCGGAGAUGUCACAGGAGCAUGACAAUAAGCGUGCAGUCCUGGUUCUCCAGAACAAACAGGGUUUUGCCAACCAGCGUCGCUCCUUCACCACGGAGGAUGAAGCCUGGAAGUCGUUUCUAGAGAACCCCCUGACAGCCGCCACCAAGGCCAUGAUGAGCAUAAACGGAGACGAGGACAGCGCUGCAGCUCUCGGCUUCCUUUAUGACUACUACGAGGUGCCCAGGGAAAAGAGAACAAUGCACCAGGCCAAGACAGACUCGCUGGUCUCUGAUGUGGAUCCAAACAAAAGGCACCAACUCCAGACCAGACACCCCAUAGUUCCUCUCCAGGAAGCCGGCAUGGAGAACAGGAUCCAGGUCCUCAAGACGCCUGUGAAUAUUCUUCAGCUGACCCAGGACAAGAGGCCGCAUUUCCCUUCACCAGACACGACCGUCACGGUUUCCAUCGCCACCGUGCCGAACUACCCGCCUGUGAAGACGGAGGUGCCCGGCCAUGGCUUCUCUGUGACUGUGCCAAACAACUGCACUGACACCAACAGCCAUGUGUUCGACCACCAGCUCAGCCGCGGCAACAUCCAGUUCAGCUCCAGCAGCCAGUCCCGCACGCCCCCGGACUCCACCUUCACUGAUAGUUUCAAGGAUGGUUCCCAGGAGACGUUUUCCUUCCCGGGAGAUCUCCAGUUACGCAUGGCCUCCAUGACGCCCGAGUACACUCAGUUUGACACCGUGCCCGGGAAUAAUUUUGAGUAUGCUCUUGAGGCUUCCAAAUCCCUGCGCCAGAAAACAGGAGACGGCACGAUGACAUACCUGAACAAGGGCCAGUUUUACCCCAUCACCCUCCGGGAGGUUGACAACAAAGGCUUGCAACAGCCCAUCACCAAAGUCAGAAGUGUUGUGAUGGUGGUGUUUGGAGAGGAGAAGUGCAGAGAUGACCAGCUCAAACACUGGAAGUACUGGCACUCCAGACAGCACACGGCUAAACAGAGGUGUCUCGACAUCGCUGACUACAAGGAGAGCUUCAACACCAUCAGCAACAUUGAGGAGAUCUCCUACAACGCCAUUUCUUUCACCUGGGACACAAAUGAGGAGGCCAAAAUCUUCAUCUCCGUGAACUGUCUGAGCACUGACUUCUCCUCUCAGAAGGGGGUGAAAGGUCUCCCUCUGAACCUGCAGAUCGACACAUACAGCUACAACAACCGCAGCAACAAGCCCAUCCACCGUGCCUACUGCCAGAUCAAAGUAUUCUGUGACAAGGGAGCCGAGAGGAAGAUCCGAGACGAGGAGAGGAAACAGUCCCGUCGGAAAGGGAAGGGGGCUGAGCACAACCCCAACAUGGCUUUUGUGGAUGUGAAAGUGCCCAUCCUCCAGAAGCGCAACGACGUGACCAUAUUCAAGAUGAUGACCGACUUUGAGACCCAGCCGGUCCUUUUCAUCCCUGACAUUCACUUUUCUGCGUUCCAGCGUCAUCCUUUCCCGGCGGAAGAGGGAGAAGACAGCAGCUCAGGCAUGAGGAGAUUACCUUUCAGUGACGAUGAGUUUGGUCCACCCGCGAGCAAGAUGCCAAGAGCGGACGAACCCAAGAAAGUCCUGCUGUAUGUUCGCAAAGAAACAGAGGAGGUGUUUGACGCCCUCAUGCUGAAGAAUCCCACGCUGAAAGGCCUAGUGGAAGCUAUUUCAGAGAAGUAUGAGCUGCCUCUGGAUAAGGUUGGAAAGGUCUACAAGAAGUGCAAAAAAGGGAUUCUUGUCCACAUGGACGACAACAUCAUCAAACACUACUCCAACGAAGACACGUUCCAGAUCACCAUGGAAGAGCAGGGCGGCAUGUACAAACUCACGCUCACCGAGAUCUGAUCCUGUGAUUCUGAACACACGUGUGGUGGAUAAAUGGAGCUGUCAGGUUUACACGCUUCUGGCUAUUACAUACACUGAUUAUGAACUGGAUCUGAAAACUUACAUCUCUGCACUGCGAUCGUGUCAAACGGCUCUCUAAGAACGUCCAGAAAGGGCGUUUAAAAGCAGGCACUCUUAAUUGUCAGCAGUGCCUUUUAGAGAUGUAAGUUAUACAUGUGACUAAAUGUAAAGCUUUUUUUGUGCAUAAGAAUUAAGAAUUGAAGAGUCUUUGUUUUGACACUUUUGUAUUUUAGUCAGGAUAUGAGUGGCAUCUCAGAUACAAAUGCUUAUUUUUGUAAAUACUGUUCAGGUUUGCAGGAAGGUUGUAGAGCCUCUUUACCUCAAGCUAUGCAAGUAGCAGAGAUUUCUACGUAAUUCAUGUAUUUGAAUUUAUUUUAAAAAACAGAUCUUCUUUCCUCCCCUAAAGCCACAGCACUGAUGACGGCAGUCUCCAAAAGUUGGCUAUUUCGCUUACAAAAAGAUGAGAGCAAAUUGUUGAUGGCACCUCAAGGUAGUUUAUUAGUAGUAAAACAUAUAAGGCAGUAUUUGGAAGAUCACCACACAGUUAUGACAUAAUAUUAUAAAUGUCUCUUUUUUUAGCACCGGGGGCUGUUUUUGUAAAUGAUAAAGUCUUAAUGAUGUCUAUUUUUUCUUCAAAUCAAUUUAAAUAAGAGCCUCUUUGUAAGUAUUACAUAGUUGUUACUGAUAACGUAAAAAAAAAAAAAAUCUCACACACACACACACACACACACACAAACACACACAGCUGUCCUUGUCGAGUAGUUUUCUGAAUGUUGAUGGAAAAGGUCAAUUAAUAUCUUGCACAGUCUUCGUAGGCUGUCCCAGAAGUGCAAUAAAGCUUAGGCUGCAUUCAGAAAAUGAUCCUCCUCUAUUGCCAUAACUACAGUAUAGAAAACAUGCAGAUUUUAAAAUUUUAAUAUUGUUGUACAUAUGAACUGGAUUAAGCAAAAGAUCUUUAUGAUCACUCUUUUGUAUCUCAGUACUUAUUGUGUAUAUAUUUAUUAAGAGAAAGGAUGUGGGCCAUAGUAUGUAUAACCAGUUUUUUCUAUUAAUCUUAAUAAUAUAAUGUCUUUUUUGCCCUUUUAUAUGAAGUUAUGAUAUCAUUACAUGUCAAAGGUUUCAUGAAUGCUCUGUUGUAUGUUGCCUUUUGUAAAAGAUUUGACGUAUCGAUUGCCCAAUAAAAGCUCCGGAGUAGCUGGCAUAUAAGAUGUGUUUUUCCUUGU